GGACGCCUUGCCUUCCCCGGCCACCUGCGCGCUGCGCGCCGGAGCCUGAACGGCCGCCCAUGGCUGACCGCGCAGCCCGCGGAGUCCGCUCGACUCUGGGACCAUGAGGAGUCGGCAUGGGGAUACCUGGGCUGACUGCUUUCCUGCUAAUGUUGGGGUUUCUGGCUCCGGCUGUGCCUGCCCCCCUGCGGCCCCUCUGCGACCAAAGGGUCAUGGACAAAUACAUCCAGGACGCCAGCAAAGUCGAAAGUGAAAUUGCGGAGCUUUGCAAGGCGUCUUGCGAUCUGCCCGGCCACGUCACAGUGCUGGACACCCGGGUGAACUUCCCCGCGUGGAGCGCCAUGAAUAGGUCGAGCCAGGCUUCGGAAGUGUGGCGAGGCCAGGCCCUGCUCUCGGCGGCCGUCAGCCGCGUCAAAGGCCAGCAGCCGGCGACGCAGCCCUUCCGCCACCAGCUGGAGGUGAUCGAAAGCUACCUGCGAAGCAUCCGGGAGAUUCUGCGCGGCCACGGCGCCCAGGUGGCCGCGGCGGCGCAGGAGGAGAUCUCGGCCCGGACGCUGAGCGUGCAGACUGUGAACAAACUCUUCAGCAUUUACUCGAGCUUCCUCCGCGGAAAGGUGAAUUUGUUCAUUGCCGGGGCCUGCAAGGACAGCGGAAGGUGACGGCAGGGGGCUGCAGCGUCGCUCACCACUCUACCUGCUGGCCCUGCUGUGAAGAGGGCCUGAGUGCCCCAGCCGAGUGACAACUUGGAUGACUGGCAGGCCCACCUGCGCACGCUCACACGCCCUGUGGCAGGGAGACGGCCGGGCGCCAUUCCUGCCAUCACAGAUGCUCUGCGAAGGGAGGAUGCAGCGCCUCCCCGCAAGGGCCGGAAAGGUGGCUCCCACGAAGCGACCAGGCGUGGGGGGCGCCUGCUUGCUGGCUGGCCCUGCAGCGAGGCUGCCCAGGCAAGACAGGAGGCGGCCGACAGGACGGGCCGUGGCAGCGUGGGGCGCGGGGGGCCCCUUCAGCUGCCCUUCCGAGCCCCGAGGCAAAGCUUGGUCGGUGAGAGGGCGGGAAAGAGGCCGCCCCCCCAGGCCUGGCCAGGCAGGGCCGACUCGGUCCCCACUCGCGAGCCCCGCAAGGGCUGGGGGGGCUCUGGCCGGCCCGUGGCUUCCUCCGAGCGGGGCGCCUUUUGGCCUCGUAGGGUAGGAAAGAGGCAGAAGCACGGAAUGAGGGGAGGUCUGUAGGAAAUAAAGAAAAGAAACUGAGAGAGGAUCUUGGGGGGGGGGGUUGGGGGGAGGGAAGGAACAGUUUGCACGUGUUGGAUCCAGCCCUUUCCAGGGCUCAGAGGAUCUUGGCCGUCGGACAUGGGUGACCACCAGGGGCUGGUGUCCGGGAGUGACCCGUUCGUUUCCCAAGACCGAGGAAGCUGCGUGAGCGGCGGGUUUGCACGGGGGGUGGGGAGAGAGAUCGUGGGAAGUUGACGCGAGGCUCGCGGCUAUAUUGUUGUGCUAUGGGUGUCGAAGGCAAACAUGGAAAGGGGCUUCUUCCUGGGCGUGCUUACUUAUGAGUAAGCUGCCCCAAAUUAAGUGGGUCUGCUUCUGAGUAAGCUUACUUAGGUCUUGACGCGUUGGUGAGAGUGGGGCCGGGCAGCUGGGGUGCCGAGGCUGCCAUCUGGCCAUCGCGGGCCUGGGCCACGGAGACCCGCAGAAGGGUGGCCGGGCCGGCCAGCGGGCAGGGGGAGCGUUGCCCACCCUCCUGGACCGAGCCCAGGGAGCAGGGAGCCUCGCAGGCGGGUUGGUGGUCGUCAGUCUCUCGGCCACGUUUGCUGUCCGGGGCGUUCCAGGUGGGGAGAAAGGAGCUUAAAGAUGGCUUAAUCUUUCUUCACUUCUUCACAUACACUGAAUUGUAUAUAUGUGCAUUUUGUUCUGAGGGAUUUCAUGAGAUUUUAUAUUUGAUACUAAGUUAAACAUGUACAGUUUUCUGUGUAUUUAUCUUCUUACCUUCAGAGAGCAGCUGGGUUGUAAACUGGUCCAGGGCAGGGGAUGGUCAUGGUGGACAGAUGUUUGCGAUUUGCUUCUAUCUUUAUUAAACGAGGUUGUGCUUCCCAGAAAAGUCAA